AUGCUCCACGACGAGCUGCUUCGCUCCAAGAACGACGAGAUAGUACGAUGUUUGCAGUCACGAAAACGAAAACUCAGUGAGCUCUAUUUUGCGACCGUCGGAUACUUAGGCGCGAACGACGGGGCUCUUGCGAAUACUCUCUAUGAGCAAAAGAAACAAGCCUUCCUCGACGCCAACGAUCUCACCAAGGGUCGAUUCUACAAUGAAGCGACACUCCCUUCCUUCCCCAACUAUGACGACCUUGUCGCACGAGUACAAGCGCACGCUCGUCCUGCAGCCGGCGAAGUUGCUUCUUUAGAUGUGCCUACAAAGGAACAAGCGCGAUUACCAGAAGUCACCGCUCCGAGCGUUGGCGAGAAUAAGGAACGUGUUCAAGAAAAGGCGAUCGAUAAUGAGGUGCAGAAAUCAGUUGCGCGCGCAGACAGCGAGCAGCCUGUUAUCGAAACGAUACUUACAAAACCAUAUAUCGCCCAAAAAAUUGAUAUCCCCGCGCCAGCGACAACAGUAGUUGGCACAAAACCUCAAUUUGCGACGCCUGGAACCCCUGUGAGCACACAUGAACAUGCUGUGUCAAGCAACUUCACCUCUCCAUCUCAUAAUCGUCCAAGUCCCAAAGAUAAAGCUACCGAACCCUCAGUUUCAGAAGUACCUGUUCCGGCACCAUUGCAAAGUGCAGAAACGAUUCUUCAAGGUAAACAAGGUCGCAGACCGUCGUUGGCACUGGGAACGACUGCUCACUUAGACCAACCACUUUCUCCUGCUUCGUCUAUCGAACCAUUCUCCACUCAUACCCCGGCGCCCCAAGCCGCGUCUCCAGAUACAAGUCCAGAUGAGUCCGGAGAAAUUGAGGAUCAUGAGGAUAUAUCAGCCAAACCAGUUGGUGAAGUGCAUGAAGCUCCAUCCAACAAAGUCGAAGGUAUAACAACACCAGCUGCACCUUUAACUCCAGAUGAACAACUCCGUUUUGAGGAAGCGCAGUCACUCCGGCGAAACGCGCAGAUCUUGGCUGCCAGUAAAGCAAUUGGAGAUCACGGGGAGCCGGGCAGCAACUCGGUAUCAAAUCAGAUUGUCAAGGGAGAUGCAACACCUUCGCAAUUAGUACCACCACCUAGUGAUCACAUGAAAGUGCAGGAUGGUCAGCCAACUCCAGCGGCACCGAAGGAGAAGCUCUCACCAACAUCAUCUGCUAUACCAGAGAGUCAAGUGGGGCGCGGCUUGCCUACAGGACCAGCUCCUACAGAAUUGAAGGUCGAACCAGAGACCGGGUCAGUUACCAAACGGUCAUCAUCUUCAUCCACAACCAAUCUCGUCGUACAAUCCGUUCCAGAGAGAAUGACAACUCGAGUGUCGUCGGGUGCUAUUCGACACAAGUCGGUCUCUGAAAUCCUUGGGGAGGUUCCGAAAACUCAACAGGUUGAAAAGCAGCCAGCUGGUACGGCUCGCGAUACCCUGGCUCUCAGAUCUCCGGUAUCUCAAGCAAGUCCCACUUCCGUAUCUCGAGUCAAACAAAAGAAAGAUCGAGAGAAGGAACGAACAAAGCUUUCUACUGUGGUGUUCCCAAAGAAGCAAAUUGAGAAGAACGAUUCAUUUGCUCUGGUCCGUCAGCAAACGGGUGAUCUGAUAGCUGGGCUAAAUGAACAGCAAGAUUAUCUGUUUACAUUGUUCCAGAAUAAGGCCUAUUCACCUCCUCGCACUUCAAAUAUCUCAACACUUCUUGCUACCGCCCACAAGACGUUGAGUACAUCUAACCAUCUUCUUGAAUAUCAAGAGCAGAUGGAUUGUCGUACCCUUCGUCGGAUAUACGCUUUACAGAAUUCUAACCGAUGGCCACUUCGUCAAAUGGAACGAUCUGCAGAGCCUUUGCGUCAAGGCACUCACUGGGAUGUCUUGCUAGACCAUAUGAAGUGGAUGCGCACAGAUUUUAGGGAAGAGCGCAAGUGGAAGAUUGCAGCUGCGAAGAGUUGUGCUGAGUGGUGUGCCGAAUAUGUUCACAGUGAACCGGAACAUAGGGCUCGGCUCCGCGUGCGUACAAAAACUCUAUUACCAAAAUCGGCUGAUCCUUUUGAUGCCAUCAACGCAAAUAGCGAUAUCAUGAUGGUUGAUAUUCACAUGGAUGAAUCCGGACCCGUUUCUCAGCCAACCCCAGACCUCAUUCCUUCUGCUGAGGAAGAAUCGGGGAGCGAGGGUUUCAUUGACGAACCACGAUCUGAUUUUAGGGAUACCGUUGCACCAGCUGCUAUAUUCUCCCUCGGCUCUGAAGACUUUAACUUCUCCAUUGAUUUUACCCCUGUAUCGGAGAAGCUACUUGGCGAACUGCCAAUCUAUGCACCUAUCGGCAUAUCUCCAGAUACUCAAAUGCCCGACUUCAGAGUCGAGCCUGACACGGAUUGGAAAACAGAAGUUCUCCCCGUUUCGAAGUUCUCGACAGGUCGAAUCAGUUUUCGGGAUGUUGAGCCUGCAAGGAAAAAGUCUAGAUAUGAUUACACUCUUGAGGAUGACCGUGUUGAGGCUCCUACCAUAGAUAUCACUCCCGAGCAAACGGACGUUGCUCUUUUCCGUCCGGAGAAUAAGCAUAUUCGCGAUCGCAUUCACCCCGGUCAUUCCUUCCGACCUCCCACUGAAUAUCCGAUGCCAUCUGUUGGGUUCUUUGAAUCGAGACAGUCUUCACAGUGGACUCUAAAUGAAGAUGAUGAACUCCGCCGCCUUGUUAAAGAUUAUUCGUACAAUUGGUCUCUCAUAGCCAGCUGUUUAUCAUCUCCAUCUCUGUUUUCUUCCGGUGCUGAGCGUCGGACGCCGUGGGAAUGCUUCGAACGAUGGGUUGGUCUUGAAGGCCUGCCUGCUGACAUGUCUAAGACGCAAUAUUUCCGAGCAUACCAUCAACGCUUGGAAGCUGCCCAACGUACAAUCAUCGCACAACAGCAAGCUGCUCAACAACAGCAGCAGCAGCAGGCACAACAACAGGCACAACAAGGCAUUCCUACUCCAGCCCAACCUUUGGUUCGUCGAAGAACAACCCAACCCGUACGUGUCGACCGCCGCCGAGCUUCUCGCCAUCUUGCUCUUCUAGAUGCUAUGCGAAAAUUGGCUAAGAAGCGAGAAACGAUGCUUCAGAAGCAGCAACAAGCGACUCAUCUUGCCUCUCUACGAAAAGUAAACGAGGCAAAUCAGCCAAAACCCCCCAUCACUAACCCAGCCGAUUUCAGUAAACUGAAAUACGAACGGGAACAGAAGCUUCAGGAGAGACAGGAACAAUACCGCCAACAGAUGAUUGCACAACAGAGAGCUAAUUUGGCUGCACAACGUGCUGGGCAACUUCCAAAUCAACAAGCAGCUGCAAUGAACGGUGUUGUUGCUCGAACACCUAAUGGCGUGCAACCUGCUGGCGCUCAACCGAUGCCUGGAGCUGCACAGAAUGCAGUGGUCAACGGCAUUCCUCCAAAUGCAAACAUGAAUCACGCUAAUGUCGUGCCCAUGCAAGGCUUGCCGAAUGGACGGCCCAUGAGUAGCCCUAUGCCACCGAAUGCCAUGAGUGUGAAGAUGGUUCCGCAGCAAGGCUUGCCUCAGCAAAUGGCAGGCCGACCAGGAAUACCUAUUCAAAACUCACCUGAUAACGCAAGAGUUAUUCGCGAGGCAAGCCGGCUUCAAGAACAACAACGUCUUCUGCAGUCUCGACAGCAACAGGGUCAGCCAAUGCCACAGGCUGGCCAGCAACAGUUCCAGAGCCCACAACAGUUCGCUCAACAAGGUACUCACUCUCCAAACAUCAAUGUCCAGGGUAUCAAUGGUAAUCCCAAUAAUGCAGCCAUGCUUGCGGCUAUGCAAGCUGCUAGUGGGAUGGGUAGUCCUUCUCCAUACAACAAUGCGCAAGGCGUGCCAACUGCAUCUCCACGGAUGGGCCAGCCAAAUCAUCUCUCGAGUGGUGUUGUUCCUACAAUAACAAACAUCCAGAAUCAAAUACAGAGGACUCAUCCCAAUCUGUCUCCUGAACAGGUCGCCAAGCUUGCAACGGAACGACUGCAUGUGUAUCAACAGCAGCAACAACGCAUGACGCAAGCCGCAAUGAAUGCUGCUGUGGGAAACGCGGGCGCUAUUCCAGCCAACUUCCAAAUGCCACCGGAUCCUAGUUUCCAAGGUUCACCUCAACCCAAUGGGAAUGUUGCCAUGCAAAACUCUCAAGCACAGUUCUCGCCGAUGAUGAGGGUCGCUCAGCCUAAUCAACCAAACCGCGUACCGGUUGCAAGUUCCCCGUCAAUGAAUGGAAGCGUUCUUCCACAACAGAGUCGAAGCGCAACUCCGCAAACUCAACGCAGUGGAAGCGUCCAAACGGGACCUGUUCCAGGAACAAACCAAAGCCCUCGUCCUCCUGCGGCGCAAAUGGCCACCAAUUAA